ACCAAAAUCAAAACAGUACAAAACAAAACCUUCUCUACCUUAUAUUACAUCUACCCUCCACAAAAUUAAUAUCACCACUUCCUACUUCCUCCCUAAACAACAACAACAACAACAACAACACACCAACACUUGUUUUGAUUCCAUCAUAUUAAUAUGGAUCAUGGUAUGGAUGGCCAUGGCAUGGGUGGCAUGAUGAUGACACCACCCCCAUCAUCAUCAUCAUCAUCAUCCAUGAACAUGGGUGGUGCAUCAUCUCAUAAGAAGAUGAUGAUGCACAUGACAUUCUAUUGGGGUAAAGAUGCAUUAGUUCUCUUCAAUGGAUGGCCUGGGACCCACAUAUCUAUGUACAUACUCUCUCUAAUAUUUGUCUUUGUUUUGGCUUUUCUUGUUGAAUGGUUAUCUCGUUCUCGCAUAGUUAAAUCCAGAAGAAACGACGUCGUUUCAGGUCUCAUGCUAACACUUCUUCAUGCUCUACGUAUGGGGCUUGCUUAUCUUGUAAUGCUUGCUGUUAUGUCCUUUAAUGGUGGUAUUUUUUUGGUUGCUGUUGCGGGUCAUGCUAUCGGGUUCUUCAUCUUUGGUUCUCGGGUUUUCGAGUCGGGUCGUAAAGGUUCUGAAGACCCGGAUCUUCCUCCCAUGAGUUGUUGAGUCCUAUGAUUAAUUUGGGGUUGAAGGGUAUUUAGGCUGAAAAUGUGGAGUAAAUGGUGUAUUGUUAUUUUGGUUUUGGGAGAUUAUCAUUGUUAAAAGUUAAAACCUUGAAUGAUUGUUUUCCUAAUAUGUUCA